AGCCGCUCACCCGAGGUCUCAGCAGGAACUGUCAGCCCCAGCAGGAUGAAGCCUUCCAUUGCCAUCAUUUUGUGUCUCUUGAUCCUGGGAGUUGACAGCCAAAGGUGGUUCGAGUUCAUUAAAGAAGCUGGUCAAGGAACUAGAGACAUGUGGCGAGCUUACUCUGACAUGAGAGAGGCCAACUGGAAAGGCGCGGACAAAUACUUCCAUGCUAGAGGGAACUAUGAUGCUGCCCAAAGGGGACCAGGAGGAGCCUGGGCUGCUAAAGUGAUCAGUGAUGCCAGAGAGGGUAUUCAGAGGGUCAUAGGACGCGGAGCAGCAGACUCAAGAGCUGACCAGUUUGCCAACAGAUGGGGCCGGAGUGGUAGAGACCCCAACUACUUCCGACCUGUUGGCCUGCCUAGUAAAUACUGAGUUUUCUCUUGAUGUUCCCAGCCGUGCAGCCCCCAAGGAAAGAGGCAAUUACUGAAUUGAAUUAGUUCCUAAAAUCUGGAUCCCUAAGCACCACCAAAAUGUUGAAUAAAUACUUGUGAAAUGCAACUUGUCAUUGGCAU